AUGUCUCCCAAGGUCCAAGCCAUCGACCCCGCCGGCACACCAAAGGCGUACUACGCCCAAGGCACCGCCUCCACCAUCGGCAGCACCAUCCACAUCUCCGGCCAGUAUGGCGCAACCACAGGCGGCCAUGUUCCCGCAUCGUACGAGUCCCAGAUCCACCUCGCGCUGCUGAACCUGCGCCGGGUCCUGGCCACCGCCGGUGCACGCGUGACAGACAUCGCCAAGCUCACCCUCUACAUCGUCAACUACGACCCAAAACGGCGCCUGCACACCCGCCACAUCCAAAGCUUCCUCGGCUCCCACCGCCCGGCCAUCACCCUGGUGCCCGUGCCGCAGCUCGCCGACCCGGCCUGGCUGUUCGAGGUCGAGGCCGUCGCCUCCAUCUCCGCGCCUGCAAUCAGCCCGCCCAUUUCGACACCCCGGCCGGCCGACGCCAAGGACUCGUUCGACGUCAUCGUCAUCGGCGCCGGACUCAGCGGCCUGACCGCCGCGCGCGACGUCGUCCGCGGCGGACUGCGCUGCCUCGUGCUGGAGGCGCGCGACCGCGUCGGCGGCAAGACGUGGAGCAAGCCGCUCGCCGGCGGCCAGGGCGUCGUCGACCUCGGCGCCGCCUGGAUCAACGACACGAACCAGACCCGCAUGAUCGCCCUGGCACGCCAGUACGGCGCCGAGCUGAUCGAGCAGAACACCACCGGCAACUGCGCCUUCCAAGGCUUCGACGGCCAGUGCUCGUCCUUUGCCUACGGGGAGCUCCCAGGCUUCGACCCCACCACCCAAGCGCAAGUCGCCCACGUCCGCGACACCGUCGAAUCCCACAGCCAAGCCAUCGACGUCCUCUCCCCCCACGACACGAGCCUCGACGCCCUCACCUUCGCCGCGUACCUGCGCCUCCGCUGCGGUGCCUCCGCCUCCGACGACUCCUCCGACGACUCCUCCUCCUCCUCCACCACCGCAUUCGCCACCGCCGCCGUCUGGACGCGCGCCAUGCUCGGCCGCGAGCCCGCCGACCUGUCUGCCCUGCACUUCCUCAACUACUGCCGCUCCGGCGGCGGCCUGCUGCAGAUGCGCUCGGACCGCCGCGGCGGCGGCCAGCACCUGCGCUGCCGCCAGGGUAUGCAGCUGUUCGCGACCGAGAUGGCGAAGGGGUUGCCCGACGUGCGGCUGGGUGCGCCUGUCGUCGGCGUGAGGCAGGUGGCUGGUGGUGGUGGUGUGGAAGUCGAGACGGCUGGGGGGAUGGCGACGACGUUCCGCGCGAAGAAGGUCGUCGUGUCGGUGCCGAGCCCGGUGCUGGGGUCCAUCGCGUUCGAGCCGCCGCUGCCGGUGGAGAAGAGGGUGUUGGUUGAGUCGGCGGGGUACGGGUACUACACCAAGGUCAUGCUGGUUUUCCGCGAGGCCUUCUGGGUCGAGAAGGGGUUCUGUGGGCUCGCGCAGUCGUUUUGCGGUCCGGCGUCCGUGGUCCGCGACACCAGCGUGCCGGUCGAUGGGAAGUGGAUCCUGACCUGCUUCCUGGCCGGCGAUGCGGGGAAGGAGUGGGCGAAGCUAUCCGAGGAGGGGCGGGUGGAUGCGCUGUUGAGGCAGGUGGGGGAGCUGUAUGGCGAUGCGGAUGCGCCGAGGAGGCUGUUUGUGGAGGCGGUCGGGCUUGAGUGGGCGAAGGAGCGGUGGUCGGGCUGGGGCUGCCCGUGCACUUCGCUGCCGCCUGGUGUGCUGGAUGCCGUUGGUCAUGCGUUGAGGGAGCCCGCGGGCGAUGUCCACUUCGUCGGGACGGAGACGGCAGGGGAAUGGAAAGGGUAUAUGGAAGGGGCUGUGAGAAGCGGUGAGAGAGGCGCUGCGGAGGUCCUGAGUCAGCUGUCUCGCGCUGGUGCGAAGUUGUAG